AUGGCGACAAAGCAAUCGAACAUGGUAGACUUCGAACGUAACAAGAUCACAUACGACAGCUACGGAUCCGGGACCGAGGCUCUCGUCUUCAUCCACGCCCUCUGGUGUAAUAGGACUUUAUGGCACCGACAAGAGCCACUAUUCAACGGAAAUCGUUGCAUCGUGAUAGAUCUUCCCGGACAUGGUGACAGUGAUGCUCCCCAAAAAGACUACACCCAGUAUUUCUUUGCAGGAGCGGUUCACGCAGUCUUGCAGAAAGAGGAGAUCAAUCGCGCUGUCUUAGUCGGCCACAUGGUGGGAGGAGUUGUUUCCACCAUGUUUCUGCGAUGUUUCUCGAGAUUCAUCUCCGUCGUUGGCAUCAUCUAUGUUGAGUCUUUCCUCCAUCUGCCGCAGAGUUACAUACCGGCGGAAGGCGUCAGACGCCAGGUCGAAAAUCUCAGCAGCCCUGGCAUUCUGAAUCAGGCCAUCAACGAGGUCUGGUCGACUUCGAAGAAUCCGGACGUCCAACGAUUGCUGAAGUGUUCGAUGAAGAGGGCAGACAGACUUUCCUGUCUCAAUACAUUGGCGAAUCCUUACACGCACACUAUGGAUUGGGCAGAGAUACACCAGGUCCCAGCUGUGCACUUCACUACGCCGAGGUUGGAAUGGUUUGACAAGCAAGCCUGGCUCCACCAUGUGCCACAAUUGAAGGUCAAGAUGUGGGGAGAAGAACACGGCAACUUUUUGUUUUUAGAAGACCCCGAUCGUUUCAAUCAAGACGUAGUUAACUUUCUGGCCGAGAACGAUCUUUUUCAGCAUUAG